AUGCAAAACUAUGCAGAGGCUGUUAAGGACUUUGUAGAGAACCAUGUGACUGGGCUCAUGGUAGCAUUUGUGACAGGGGUAGGCGUGUUGGACUUCCGAAGAUGGAUGGCAGGCGGAGCGUGUCGGAGCAAGGUCAGGCUGGAUGGCAAAACGGUCCUGAUCACAGGAGCUAACACUGGCAUUGGGAAGGAAACUGCUAUGGACAUGACUCAGAGAGGGGCCAGAGUAAUCUUGGCCUGCAGAGAUAUGACCAAAGCCCGGAUCGCAGCAGAAGAGAUUCGUCAAAAGAGUGGGAAUGGCAAUGUGAUGGUGAAGAAACUGGACCUCGCCUCCCUGCAGUCUGUCAGAGACUUGGCUAAAGAUGUCCAGGAGAACAAGGACCGCUUGGACGUCCUGAUCAACAAUGCAGGCAUUAUGAUGUGUCCUAAGUGGAAAACUGAGGAUGGUUUUGAAAUGCAGUUUGUUGUAAACCACUUGGGAUAUUUUCUCCUCACCAACUGUCUCCUUGAUUUGCUGAAGAAGUCUGCUCCAAGUCGCAUUGUCAUUGUCUCAAGCCUUGCACAUGACAGAGGUCGAAUACAUUUUGAUGACAUUAACCUUGAUAAAGAAUACAAACCAGAAAAGAGCUACUACCAAAGCAAGCUGGCAAAUGUUCUCUUUGCCAGAGAACUGGCUGCAAGGCUGCAAGGCACCGAUGUGACCGUGUACAAUCUUCACCUUGGGGUCAUCCGCACAGAGUUAGGCCGCCAUUUGUUUCAAAACAUGGCUCUGUGGAAAAGGAUUUUGUUUUCAGUCCUUAUCUUUUUAAUUAAAAAUCCCUGGGAAGGAGCCCAAACCACCAUCUACUGCACUGUGGACGAGAGUGCUGCAAACCAGAGUGGCCUCCGCUACAGUGACUGUGCCCUGAAAACACAGGCACCUUAG